AUGGAGCUGGUAAGAUUCAUUGUUGUUCUAUACAUGUUCAUCAAUACUUAUGCACAUCCAAUGUGGUACCAGCAUAAUCUAUUUUUAGUAAAUACAACAUCAUCACCAGAGAUUCUUCGAUGCCCACCGAAAUGUUCAUGCUCCUAUUGCCUUGUAUCCUAUAACGGAACAGAUGUUAGAUACCGGCAUCAGGUGGACUGCUCAAGACGCAAGUUGACACAAAUUCCUGAUUCCAAUCAGCUACCAACUGAUGCUGAGAUUUAUUUCCUGCAAAACAACAGUAUCAUUGAAUUACCUAAUAACUCUUUUCGGACAACCCCAAAUCUGACAAUUCUUGAUCUCUCUUACAAUCUUCUGAAAUCUGAGAGUAUCGACAGAUAUGCUUUCAAAGGUUUAGAUAAGUUACAGCAAUUAAAAUUGGAUGGAAAUCAAUUUACAGUUCUUAAAGGUAGAUGGUGCCAGUUCUUGCCAUCUGUAGAAAUCCUCAGCUUCCAAAAAUGUUUGAUAGAAAGUGUUUCUAGAGAUGUACUUGAUGGAUGUAAAAAUUUGAAACAAAUUGAUUUUUUUGAUAACGAUCUCAAUAAAAUACCCGAUUGUCACCAGAAUCGCAAACUUAAAAGUAUUAACUUGAAGCAAAAUAGGGUUAACUAUUUCUUGGUCAAGAAUUUACCAACAACUAUUGAGAACAUUGAUCUAUCAAUGAAUUGGUUACAUGAUCUGAAACACGUAUCAUUAGAAAACUUUGCACAACAUCUAAAAUACUUCAAUUUAGCCAAUAAUAAUUUUGGAAAUUCGAGGUUUAUAAUCGAACAUCUAUUUAAUGGAUCUAAUGUAAUAGAGGUGUUAAUGUUAGACAACAACAAUCUUUAUGCCAUUUAUAAAACAUGGCUUAUUUACUUCGUGAUGUUAACAUAUUUUUCAAUUUCAAAUUCAUCGAUCAGCAUAAUCCAUGAACAGAGUUUUGUCAAUUGCAUUAACCUGAGAUUCAUUGACUUAUCUGGUAAUAAGAUCACAAGUUUGGCUCCAAAACUGUUUCAAGGACUUGAAAACCUGAAUUCUGUCUAUCUACAAGGAAACAUAAUCACAAGACUUCCAGAACAGGCUUUUUAUGGAUCUGGGUUAUUAGAAAACAUAAUCAUGGCUGACAACAACCUAACUACAAUUAAUGAAAAUGUAGGCUUGCAAAAAUUGAAGAAUUUGAAGCAGUUAGACAUUCAAUCAAAUCCUUGGUUGUGUAAUUGUGAUUUGGUUUGGUUUCGGCACUGGGUGAAUAAUACAAGUGUUACCAUAUCGAAUUUAGAUGCACUUAAAUGCAGAGCAAGCUCUAACAUCACCAUCCAUCUAUUGAAGUUUGAUGCAGACUCACUACAUUGCUUGUCUCCUAUUAUCAGUAUUGCCAUUCCAUCCUGUAUAGUCCUACUCAUUACAAUUACUAGUGUAGUAAUCUGGUACAUUUUCCGUUGGGAUUUCAGGUAUCUUUAUCAGCGGCAUCUUCUUCGUAAACAAUACCAGAGGCUUGCAGAUGGGGGGCUACCUCCCCUUGAUGGAGUCAACAUCCGCUUUGAUGUUUACGUAUCGUACAGCCAUGAAGAUUUAGAUUGGGUGAUACAUGUGCUGCAGCCAAAGCUAGAAGGAGCCCUUCAUAACUUCAAACUUUGUCUUGACUAUAGAGACUUUACUGCUGGUGAUACCAUCUUCAAUAACAUCAUUGAUUCUGUCAAGAGCAGUCAUAAAACAUUAUUAAUUGUCACCAAGUCGUUCAUCGCCAGUGAAUGGUGUUUCUUCGAGGUGGAGAUGGCAAGAACUAAAAUGUUUGAUGCCAAUGAAGACAGCAUUCUGAUCGUUCUGCUGGAGGAUGUUGAUGUGGUCCACAUGCCCAACUUUCUACGUAUGUUAAUGCAAACAAAAACGUAUCUCAAAUGGCCAGAUGAAGAAGAAGACAGAGCUAAGUUUUGGACAACGCUUGCAGAGGUCUUAAAAACACCAAAUGCGCAUAAAGAUUGGUUGAUUAAUAACUAA